AUGGAUCAAAACACGCAACCAACGACUGAGAGUCGAGAUGAUUUAGGAAACACACCUCCAAAAUGGAAGAAUGGCGGCUAUGAGGACGACUCUAGCCAUGAUGCCGUCUUCGGCGAAAUCUCCAGCGAGGGUCCUGACUACCGGAGCACACAAAUUGGCCUCGGUGUGCUCUCGAUUCCAGCAACAUUUGACGCUCUCGGUUUGAUACCAGGUGUCUUGUGUCUUAUCGCCAUCGGCCUCAUCACGACCUGGUCUGACUGUGUUAUUGGCGUCUUCAAGCUUCGUCACAGACAUGUCUAUGCUAUUGACGAUGCAGGCGCCAUGAUGUUUGGUCGGGCUGGUGGAGAAUUCUUUGGAUUCAUCAUGUGGCUGAUCCCAGACUGGGUUUUUGUCUCUGGCGCUGGCAUGUUAAGUUUAUCCAUCGCCCUCAAUGCCGUGUCGUCACACGGCGCAUGCACAGCAAUCUUCAUUGGUAUCGCCGCUAUACUUGGAUUUGGACUAUCCAGCAUCAGAACGUUGGGCAAGAUGAGUUGGUUAGCAUGGGUUGGAGUUGUCAGUAUUGUGAUUGCGGUUCUCAUGGUUACUAUCGCCACAGGAGUACAAGACAGACCCGACGCAGCCCCUCAAGAAGGUACCUGGGUCUCCGACUACGAGCUCUUCAAAACCCCGACUUUUGUGCAGGCUGUAUCAGCCGUCUGUGCAUACGUUUCCGCUUAUGGUGGUACUCCGGGCUUCUUUGCCAUCGUAGCCGAGAUGCGCAAACCGGAGCAGUACAACACAGCCGUGGCUAUCUGCCAGUCGAUUGUCACUGCCCUGUAUGUCACAGUUGGCAUAGUUAUGUACUACUUCUGCGGCUCUUAUGUGUCGUCUCCAGCACUUGGGUCCGCUGGUGUAGUCAUCAAGAAGGCGAGUUAUGGCGUCGCCAUCCCAGGAUUGAUUGUCAGCAUUACCCUGGUGUCACAUUUACCUGCCAAGUACAUGCUUGUACGAUUCCUACGAAACACUAAGCACCUCACCUCCAACUCGGCGAUCCAUUGGGCAACUUGGUUAGGCUGCACGUUCUGCGUAACCAUCAUCGCGUACAUCAUCGCAAGCGCAAUUCCCAUCUUUUAUGCCCUUGUCUCUUUAAUCGGAGCUCUUUUGGGUAGUCUCUUAUCAUUCCACGCAAUGGGAUUCAUGUGGUUCUAUGACAAUUGGGAAAAGCGCAGUUCAUCUCCCAGAUGGUUGCUAGCUUGUGGCUGGAGUAUUUUUGUGAUCGCUGCUGGCACAGUGCUGAUGGUUGCUGGAACCUACGGAUCGAUUCUGGAUAUCAUCAAAGCUUACAAGGCGACUGGAGGCGCGGGUGCGUGGUCGUGUGCUGACAACUCCAAUUCAACAUAG